AUGGCGGACUGGUUGGCUUCAUUCCCCUUGACACAGCAUUUGCUAGAACUGGGAAAAAGCCAAAUUUGCAAAAGUUUGAGGACCGGACCGAUACCACAACACAUUGGAUUCAUCAUGGAUGGGAACAGAACAUAUGCUAGGAUAAAACACAUUGAAUUGAAGGAAGGCCAUAGUGCUGGAUUUGAAAGUAUGGCCAAGAUUUUAGAAGUCUGCUACGAUUGUGGAGUGAAAUGUGCUACAGUUUUUGCGUUUUCGAUUGAGAAUUACAAACGAUCCAGUUAUGAAAUUCAGUGGUUGAUGGAACUGGCGAAGACGAAGUUUAAACAAGUUGUCGGAAACGGAGAGAUGUGUGAACAAUUUGGAGUUCAGAUUAGGAUCCUAGGGGACCUUGAGCUGCUUCCGGAUGACGUUCGAGAUGUGUUGCUGGAAGCACAGAGAAUAACACAACACAAUACCAGAGCUAUAUUAAAUGUCUGUUGGUCUUAUGCCUCGAGAGAUGACAUGACACAUUCUGUGAGGGAAAUUGUAGGAAAAACGGCAAAAAACCGGUUACCGGUUAAAGAUAUAGACGAAGAUUGCAUAUCCAAGCAUUUGUACACCGGGUCUUCACCACCGCUAGAUUUAUUGAUCAGAACAUCAGGGGUUUAUCGGUUGAGUGAUUUCAUGCUUUGGGAAUGUAGCAAGGAAGGGUGCGAUAUAGAAAUUUUGGAUGUUCUUUGGCCACAGUUCAAUGCCCUGAAUAUGGUAUGGAUAUUGAUCAAGUGGAGUUUCAACAAGACAUACAACAACAGAUAA